UGGAUAUCAAAGCAGUUGACUCCUAAGUGGAACACAUUUCUUUGGUGAUAUCUUACCGCCUAUUACUACUCUUUCUUUUCAUUUAGCAUACUGACAACCACUAACAGAUAAUUAGACUACAAAUUAGACCACGACCUCAGAAAUCGGUUUUCGGAAAUAAGACUUCACAAACCUUUGUUGCAAAAAUAUUGUUUAUCAAUUGAAAGCUUACCUUUUGUUAAAAUGCAACCAACCAAUCGCAUUUACUUUUGCUUAAUUUUAUUGAAGGUUAUUUAUUCUGAAGAUAAAACUAUCUAGGUUUGAAUUUUUCAUCGCUUUUACGGAACAAAAAAAUCGUUUCCAACUCAUUAAACUCUGUUUUGUUUCAAACGUUACUCUACAUUAUCCUAAAUUGAAUCUAAAUUACAAAUAUUAUCUAUAAAUUGUCUUUCUUCAUUAUAUCAGAUCUAAAUCGCUCUUGUUUUGAAUACUAUCGACAGAUUAGUGAAAAACGAAAACAAAAUGGCUGAUUCUUAUUCUAAGUUUGAUCAGCUCUCAGUAAUUCUGCAAGGUCAGACAAGUUAUCCCAUGCAUGGUGUCACUUAUGUCACAGAAGGUCAAAUUCUGUCCAACUAUUCAUCUUUUACGACAACUGCAUCAUCAGCGGCCGGCAUGAACAACGGUGCGGAAGAGGAUGUCAUGCGAGUGGUUGUGAAAUUGCUAAAUUACCCUCUGUUUAUUUGUGCCAUGGUGUUUAACAUUCCCUUGCUUCUGCUCAUUGUCUUUGAGAAGUCCCUACACAAGGCGCCAUUUUUCCUGAUUGCCAACAAAUCUGUUAUCAACACUAUGAGCGCCAUCUCCAUAUUCUACCAAUGUCUAAGAUAUCACUUUCUGGCCGACCAUUUUCGACAUCACAUGGCGGGUCAUUGCAAGUUCAUGGCCACUUAUGGAGUAGUCGAGUACCUCUGCUACCCUUGGGUCAAUGUCCUAAUAGCCCUGGAACGGGUAGUCAUGAUGGCAUACCCAUUAAACAGCAAAAGCAUCCUCACCCUUCGGAACAAAAUCAUAGCCAUGGGUAUAUUCUACGCAUUCUGUGCUGCAUUUUUAGUGCGCGCGUUUCUCUACUCGGAACUCACAGUCUCCGCUGUCGGGCGCACGAAGUGUAACCCUGGAUAUUUUUGGGUGCAGUCGUUUCUUCCGAUAUCAUUCACGAAUUUCAUCCUCCCAUUCGUAUGCCAAAUCGUUUGCUACUCGGUAAUCGCACUGCAUAUUCAGAAGACGAGUCAGAGGUCAAAUGUUACCCUUGUUCAAAUCCGACUCACUAAGUUGUUUUUUGCCGAUGCGAUCAUUUUUUUCGCCUCCAAUUUGCCACAUCAACUGGCCAUGUACAUGGACGAAUUUGGAGACCCACUCACGCAAAGUUCAAAGCUGAUCAACGUUGUCGCAGAGCUGGGGGGCCCAAUGUACGGCAGCCAAUCAGUCUUUUCCCCCCUCCUCUACAUCAUAAUGUGCAAACAGGUCCGUGAACAGAUAUGCAGUCGGAUUCCCGAAAGCGUGAAGAAACUCACACGUUGUUGCCAAUCAAGUACACCUGUGGCACAACAAAACCGACCAGCUGCUAAUGAAACCGCGAACACCCGCGUUAACACUGGUAUGAGCCAUAGAGGCAUGAACAAGAAUGGAGGUCAAGGGAAAAAGGAAGGAAAAUCGUGUCAUCUUCAAUUGGAGAAAAACGGGAAAAAUUCAGACGAUAAAAUCAAUGCCAAAAACGAGUCCGUUCUCUGAGACUGAUAAUUCUUAUCCAAUAAAUGUCAUAUUUUGUUAUGUAGUCUC